CUGCGUGGAAAUCUAAAAUCCCUUAGGCAAAUACAUUCCCCAUAAUAUUCCCUGUUGGCAUCAAUGAAGAGGGCGUGUUUCGAGUUUGCAACGUGAUAGUUAACGUGCAUUGAACGUCCACGACGCUGGCCACCGCGGCAGCAGUUAUGCUUCACGACGUCACGCUGGCUAUGUUGCCCGCCAAUAGCAUUGAGUUGCUGCCCCGUGUGAACGACUUUAGUAGCUUCGUAGCAAGAACCGACAAGAAUCACUGUUCGCAACAGCCACGGAUCAACUUCUGCCCAGCCCAGGACUACUUGGUAUCUGAUACGACCGUGACCGACCGGUGACCGACCGUGACUACAGCAUGACUACAGCAAUGCGAUCUGAAGUUGAAAUUGUCGGCCAGAGAACCUGGAAGGUAGGUUAUUUAAUGGAGAAGUCACAGUGAAGGAUUAUUGCAAGCAGAAGUGGAAAGCUUUGGAACCACACACCCCAACUUUGACUCAAUAUUGCAAUCAAAUGAUGAAGUGUCUGGAAUAUCGAUUUUGCUUAACUGAGCUAGAAGAAGAAAAAACUGGUGAUAAAUGUGUACAAGCAGCUAAGAAUGACGAGUCUGAAGGAGAACUCAGUAAAAUAGGAAAUGGUAAAAUGAACAGUAAAGUGAGUGAUACAAUGAAUUCUGAUGAAUCAGAACAAGAUAAUGGACUGUGUGAGGAAGACUCUACCAAUAGAAGUUUUAACAGUGACAAAGAUGUGAAGGAGGGGAAACAGAAGGAUGUUGAUCUAAAAAUGUUGACCAGGUCUAUGCAUUCAGUUCUGUCUGAUUCCAAUACACAGUCACGCACCCCACUGGGAUCAAAGAAAAUUCCUGCUCAAAAUGUUGAAAAUAGUUUCAGUGCGUCCUCAACUUCAACACGAUCUAAGAAGGGUGCUGCACUGAAUGGCAGUAAACAGAUGAUUGUCACAUCCAUGUUUGCUAAAAGUUCCAGCAAGAGGAAUAGUGGUAAAUGCAAGGUUCCUGAGAAUGGCCUUCAUGAGAAAGAACAGAACAGGGAAGAGUUGACAGUAGUGCAAGAUUCACUUAGCAGGAAGACAAUAGAAACUGCAGACACAGUGUUGCAGGAUGAGAAGAAGGUUAAAUUAAGCGGUGGUGAUCCUGAAGAUGAAACAAAGAAAGAAGCUUUUUCUCGAACAUUCAGAGGAAUGCGAUCCAAAUGUGCACUCUGUCGACAAAUCCUGGAUGACCCUGAUUUGAGACUGUACCAGGGACAUCCCGAUGAGUCAGUGGAGGAGUUUGUGGCACUGACUGAUCCAAAACUCUCACUCUUUACUGGUGAGGAGGAUGCCAUCCAUGACCAUGAUCAGCGUCCCCAGAAUAAAGUCACACAUUUCAGUGUGUAUGACAAAGAAGGUCAUCUGUGUCCUUUUGACAAUGGACUCAUUGAGCAAAAUGUCUUGUUAUAUUUCUCUGGGUACAUGAAGGCAAUCUAUGAGGAGAGUCCUGAUCCUGAAGGUGGCAUUCCAACGAAGGACCUGGGACCUAUUAAUGAAUGGUGGGUGUCUGGUUUUGAUGGAGGUGAGAAGGCUCUUGUGGGGUUUUCAACAGCAUUUGGAGAAUAUUACUUGAUGGACCCAAGUGAAAGUUAUGCUCCAUUCAUGGAAAUAGUUAAUGAGAAAAUUUUUAUCAGCAAAGUAGUGAUUGAAUUUCUCCUGGAAGAUAUCAGUACAACAUAUGAGGAUCUUCUCAACAAACUGCAGACCAUGGUACCACCUAGUGGAUUUUCUACACUGACAGAGGACAGUUUAUUGCGCCAUGCCCAGUUUGUAUGUGAUCAGGUGUUAAGUUUUGAUAGUUCAGCAGGACCAAAUGAAGACUUGUUGAUUACAUCUCCUUGCAUGAGGGCUCUUGUUAGACUGUCUGGUGUCACCAUCGAUAAGAGAAUUGCUAUGCACCGAGCAGAAAGGAAAGAUUUCAAAAUUAAGAAGACUAAGUGGAGCCGAGCUACAACCACUCCACUUGUGAAGGAAGUUUUUGAGACAUUCUUCCGUGAGCAGCUUGACAAAGAUGAAGACAAGGAGAACAAGGGACCUCGACGUCGCAGGUGUGGUAUUUGUGAGGCAUGCCAGCUGCCAGACUGUGGGACCUGUGUGUCAUGUCAGGACAUGGUCAAAUUUGGAGGUGUGGGACGCAACAAACAGUGUUGUGUUCAACGCAGGUGCCCUAAUAUGGCCAUCCAGGAGGCAGAUGACUCUGAGCCAGAGGAUGAUGAGGAUUAUUAUCUAUUAUCAGAGAGUGCUAGGUCAGAAAUACUGUUUUCUAGCAGCCAUAAGGGUAUCUGUGUUCGUGAGAAGCGUGAUAUCAGAUGGAUUGGAAAUCCCAUUAAGGAUGAUGGGAAACGGAAAUACUACAAUGCUGUUAUGGUAAAUGCUGAGGAAAUUAAGCUUAAUGACUGCAUAAUGGUUGAACCUCUGGACCCUGCCACGGCACUCUUCAUUGCCCGAGUUGUGUAUCUGUUUGAAGACAAGACUGGUGCGAAGCGUGUUCAUGGCCAUUGGUUCUGUCGAGGCUCUGACACAGUUCUUGGAGAGACUUCAGAUCCAAUGGAGUUGUUUGUGGUUGACCAAUGUGAGGAUUUUGACCCAUCAGCAAUCACAGGAAAGGCAACAGUCAUACAGAAGGUCCUCCCCAGCAACUGGGCAGAGCUUGGAGGACUGGAAUUGCCCCACGAACAUCCUAUUAAAGAUGAUGGCAAGACAUUUUUCAUUCAAAAACAAUACAACUGGAUACAUGCCCGAUUUGAAGACUUGGCUGCAGAUCCACCUUGUCUGAAAGAAGAGCUCAAAUACAGGUUCUGUGCAUCAUGUGAGCGGUUGUAUCUUGAGCAAAAAUACCAGAGACCAAUCAUUGAUGAAAGAUUAGGGAUUACAAAUGAAAAUCAGGAGGUACUCUUUGGUGUCGUACGAAUGAUGGGAGAAGAGUAUCGUGUUGGUUCUUCAGUGUUCAUACAACCUGGAUCAUUCAAGUUCAAGAAUUUAGCCCCAGUGGCUGUAAUCCGAAAGGACAAGGACAGGGAUAAGAAGGUGGAUGAAGAUGUUUAUCCAGAGUUCUAUCGUAAAUCAUCAGACCAUGUAAAGGGAUCAAACAUGGAGACACCUGAACCAUUCUGCGUUGGUCACAUCAAAACAAUCUUUACAAAAACCAAUGAUGAUCUCAUUGCUUCUUGCGAUAUCUGGAUCCGUGUCAACAAAUUUUAUCGCCCAGAGAACACACACAGAGGACCUUCUUUGAGUCAGCAGGUGGAUCUAAACAUGUUGUACUGGAGUGAGGAAGAAUGUGUGGUGAACUUUGGUAAGGUGGCAGGCAAGUGCCAUGUUGUAUUCAGUGAGAAUCUGGAUAUAUCAAUGACUGAAUGGACAAGCCGUGGCCCAAACAGGUUUUAUUUCUCUCAGGCGUAUAACAUCAUAAAGCAGACAUUUGAGGAGCCACCAUUUCAUGCUACAAGUAUUGGCAUGCAAGGCAAGGGGAAAGGGAAAGGGAAAGGAAAGAAAACUAAGAGUGAAUCAGAAAAGAAAAGAAAGGCUGAAAUUAAAAUUGAGGAAUGGCCCCAGAUUCACAAAAGGCUGCAGUGUCUGGAUGUGUUUGCUGGAUGUGGUGGUUUAUCAGAAGGAUUACAUCAAUCUGGUGUGGCAGAAGUCUGCUGGGCUGUUGAGAAGGAAGAAGCAGCUGCCCAUGCUUUCCGGCUUAACAAUCCAGAUUGUACAGUGUUUACAGAGGACUGCAAUCACUUGCUCAAGUUAGCUAUGAAUGGAAAGAAAACAAAUGAUAAGGGCCAACGGUUACCUUGUAAGGGUGAAGUGGAACUACUGUGUGGUGGUCCUCCUUGUCAAGGAUACAGUGGAAUGAACAGAUUUAACUCGCGCCAGUAUUCGCUCUUCAAGAACUCCUUGGUCGUGUCAUAUUUGUCAUACUGUGACUUUUAUCGCCCGAGGUUCUUCAUCUUAGAGAACGUGCGCAACUUUGUGUCAUUCAAACGCAGUAUGGUAUUGAAACUGACUGUUCGUUGUCUUGUGAGAAUGGGGUACCAGUGCACAUUUGGUGUUUUGCAGGCUGGAAACUAUGGUGUACCUCAGACACGGAGGAGGGCCAUCAUUUUAGCUGCUGCUCCUGGUGAGAUUCUUCCCAAUUAUCCAGAGCCAAUGCAUGUUUUCAAUCUAAAAGCCUGUCAGCUUCCAGUUGUGGUGGAUGACAAAAAGUUCCUGUCAAACUGCAAGUGGGUGACAUCAGCACCUUUGAGAACCAUUACUGUUCGUGAUGCUAUGUCUGACCUUCCAAAGAUCCGUAAUGGACAUAAGAGAGAGGAAAUACCUUACGGUGGGGAACCUGUAUCACAUUUUCAGCGCUUGAUCCGAGGAAAUCAGUAUCAGCCCAUACUGCGUGAUCACAUAUGCAAAGACAUGGCUCCUCUUGUUGAGGCACGAAUAGCACAUAUACCUACAGCUUCUGGCUCUGACUGGCGUGAUCUUCCCAACAUUAUGGUUAGACUGUCUGAUGGGACAUUCACAAAGAAACUGCAAUACUUACAUCAUGACAUGAAGAAUGGCAAAUCAUCGACAGGGGGUCUGCGUGGAGUGUGUGGCUGUGCUAAUGGGAAAGCAUGUGAUCCAAUGGACAGACAGUACAAUACUCUGAUCCCAUGGUGUCUCCCUCACACCAGUAAUAGACACAACCAUUGGGCUGGGUUGUAUGGACGCUUGGAGUGGGAUGGGUUUUUCAGCACAACUGUGACAAACCCUGAGCCCAUGGGCAAACAGGGCCGGGUACUACAUCCAGAACAGGCACGGGUUGUGAGUGUACGGGAAUGUGCUCGAUCACAAGGAUUCCCUGACACAUAUCGCUUCUUUGGUUCGAUUCUUGACAAACACCGGCAGAUUGGUAACGCUGUUCCUCCACCAAUGGGAGCUGCCAUUGGAUUUGAGAUCAGGAAGUGCGUUUCAGUUGUAGAGGAGAGAAGGAAAGCAGAGUCUAAGAUGGAAAUCGCUUAAGUUAUGAUCCUGAAAAUAUUAGAAAGACUAAUAUAAAUGUGGUAGGCUGUAAAUAGUUACACUGCCUCAGUGACAUAUUGGUGUAGUUAAGUCUAAAAAUAUUGUCAGACUUGUUAUGGUG